GAUUGGUCGUUGAAAUAGGCGCGCAAGCAUCGGCCGAAGUUGAUCUCCCUCCGUGCGGCGUGCCAACUAGAGCCACGUUCAAGUUGAAUUAGACAUUCCAAACAAAUCGUCGAGGCAGCGGAAGGUUCGGCCGCGCCGGAAUAACCGAGAGGUGUAUUCACGAGACCGCGCCGGACGGAGCGGAGCACAUCAUCUGCGAACGGCGGUGAAGAGCAGGACGGAUGUCGCCCAGACGGACUCGCGCAGCAACAGCGGAAUCUGCCGUCUCUACUAGAUCUAAGGCACAGAAGAUAAAUAAUGUGAGCCAGGAUGUGGCCGAGUUGGCGCAGAAGGUCAGGCAGUCCCAGAGGAAGGAGAAGUCGGCGAGCGUUAGGAAGAACGCUUCGGAAGCCUCGACUAAGCAGAGCAACAGAAAGAAGUCGCCCGAGGUAACGUUGAAAGGGUCCCCAAAGAAGAGAACUACUCGCCGGAGACUUAAUUUGAAAGCGGAUGCACUUGUAGCGCAAGAUGAGCAGAACGUGAAGCUCGGUGAAUCAAUUAAAAUAUUGAGAGACAGGCAUUGUGACAAUAUCGCGACGGUGGAACUCGUCAAGACCAACUUGCUUCACUUGAACGUCUCGAAAGGUCUGGAGAAAAUGCCUAAUGAGUUAGAACAGAAGGCAAAAAUGUCGCCUGGCAGAGUCACUCCCAAGAGCACACCCCCCAAGCUCAGUCUCACACCUCACAGGUCUAAGAAGACACCCAAAAAGUCACCGAUCUCCCUAGGCUCUCCAAAGACGCACUCGUUAGCCAUAUCAAAGCUGUUUAAGAGCCCAAGAAAGUUGUCCCUCGCUGCCGAGGGCGAGAGUUCCGAGAGCUUAGAAAACUCGAGUAGUAAUUCUCACAGUAAGAUAUCGCGAAAGAGAAAGAAGGGCAGUCUAGGCAGUAGUCCUAUGCCCGACAAAAGUGCAUCGACGUCACCGACGGUGAAAAACAAGCGCAAGAAGUCUGAUAUAAAUUUAAAGAAAUUUGUACGUAAAUUCUCGAAAUCUCCGAAAAUAGUGCUGAAGUCCCCGAAGUCGAAGAAAUCAAAGGUACGCAAAUUGAAGUUGUCGCCAUCCCGGGUGCGAAAGAGCACGCCGAGCACGUCUCCCGCUAGUCCCGGUGCUACGUCAAGUCUUAAGAGUCCCAACACAUCCAGGAUCAGCGCAAAAGAAUCUCCUUUGGCCAAGGAAAAGUUUUUAUCUCCAAUCAAACGUCGUUUAUUAAGUCCAAAAUUAAAAAAGACAUUGACGGCCUCGCAAAUAAAGGACGUGCUGGCGGAACCGGUGGUGCUGUUGGAGAAGCUGUCGCCCGAAAGCAUGAAACGGAAAUAUAUGGUCGCACGCAAAAUCCAAUUGAGUACUUCAGUCAAAGAAAAAUCUCCCUCAAGCGGGACAAGGAGCAAUUCCAAGUUAUUGGUGUCAAUGGAAAAGACUUCGACAGGUGCGUCUCCUAAGCGAAAUUCCAGCACAAAUUUAAGGAAGAGUAGUAUGGAGAAACGGACUGGUAGUACUGACAGAGCAUCGCCAAGAAUUAAACAUAAUACGCCGAUACAAGGAAAGAAUAGAUCACCCUUAAAGUCGUCCACUCCACGACAGGAGAAAACUGCAUUAAGAGACACUAGCUUGACGAUCUCCAAUACUUCUAUCGAUUCUGUAAAUAACGCGUCUUUCAAUGCUAGAUUAACUAGACACAGGAAUCAGUCCAAUACACAGCUAUUUAGCUCGAUGGAUAAAAGUACAGGUAUCGAAAAUGUGUCUGCACCUUUCCUAUUUGAUAAAGAAAUUAUCGAUACUAGUCAAUCUCGCCUUUCGAACGUCGUGAAACGGGACACUACCUACGACAAGGAUAAUACGAUGGAAAAGCAGCAAAAGGACAACACCUAUGAAUUGGAGCAACCGCAGACACCGAGCUUACGACAAAUGGUCAAGAAGCGCACUUCAGUAAACGCGAAUUUAAGCUCGAGAGAUAACACGGUUAAGAAGGCUAAAGUACGUUUUGCGGAUGUAACAACUGGCGCAGACAGUGCGCAGAAAUCGGUUAACAAGCUCAACGGAUCACGAUCAAGUAUAUUACAUAAUGUUGGUGCACAGUAUAGAAAUAAUGCCAUGAAUUCAGCACAAAAAUCUCAAACGAAAAAAGUUCAAUCUCCAAAGUUCAAUCGGAACUCGCUAAUUUCUCCCUUCAAGAGAUCAAGUCCGAGAGCACACGGCGGCACACCGAGCACUCAGUUGAGCAAAAUUAAUCAAGUCACACCAAAGACGUUUGCGUCAGUUGAAAAGAAAUCAGUUACAGAGAAAAAAUCAUCGAUGAAAAAGAAAAUGCCGAAUUUCGGAAGGAUACACGAGGAAAUGUUUGCCAAGUCAGAAUCGCUUGUAGAUGCGAAGAAACGUUUGGAGACCAGACAUCUAGCGUUCGCUGCUAACAGAAUUUUGAAAGAAGGGAAGGCGGAUCAGAAGAAACUAUUACCGAGCGAUACAAGAGACGGUAUUCACAACAGAUUUGGAUUUAAAUUGAAAAAGCCGGAAGCCACGCACGUUAUGUUGAAGAAACAAACUGUUUUUUCAAGGGAGAAGCAGCAAGCAGAAACGCGGAUGGUAUUGCAGGGUGUACGAACAAAUCGGCGAUUUGAACUGCAAAUGAAGGCUCGCAAUCUAUUAAUCUAAAUGCGUAAAAAUCAUUUUAUAUGUCAUGCAUCCCAAUCUUUCUUUUUGUUGACGUAGUUUAUUAUAUAAGUUUUUCUCUCUCUCAUAAUAUGAAAGUGUUUUUGCUAAUUUAAGAACUUUUGAGGAGAGAAUUUCAAAAGAGAUAAUUUGAGUAUUUUAUUUAAUUAUACUCUUGUAAAUAUUAAGGCGUGUAUCAUAUACU